AUGGAAGGAGUAUCUGUCGUUGCGAGCGAUGGACCAGAUACGCGUUUGGAUUAUAUGGGCUCAUUUGUGCAAAAAUCGUUGAAAUUGAAGCCGGAGAAAUGGGCCCGUGUGUUAGCAAUUGACGAGCACAAGACUGUGCUGAAGGAGUUCGCUGAUAGUCCACAAGAAUUAGUUUUAGUAAUUGUUCUUACACAAAAUGCACAAAUUAUUCCCACACUCAGUUUCCCUUUAGAGCAAUUAAAGAGCAAAGGCGUAUAUUUCAUUAAAAAGCACGCAAUAGUCUUACCAAGAGAAGAUUUUGAACGAUACAUCAUCUUAGGUGACUUAUCUUCACGAGCUAUAGAUCAACUUUCAGUAGCUACAGACGAAAUAUUCGUACCCCUUUUAUCAUUCGCGGAAAACCACAAAGAAUGGCCCGAAUGCGUCGCACAAGACGUUCAAAAGCACGUGCACAGCUUAAAAAGCACCGUGUAUCAAGUUCAAGGUCAAGUUGGAGGUCAAACUGUACUCCCCAUGCCCGUGGGUGUCGACAAAUGUGUCAAAGCAGCAAAACAGUUGCAGGAAAACUCGGAUUGUCAAAUUGAUUUGUACUUGAAAUCAGCUAUUGAGGGCGUCGUUAUCAAAUGGGCAACACAAAUUAACGACGUAAUGAAGGAAAGUUCAGCAAAUUCUUUCAAUAAUGGACAAAAUCCUGUUCCUACAGCAGAACUGAACUUUUGGAAUAAUCGCUUGAAGAAUUUGACUUAUAUCUAUGAACAAUUGCGACAUGAGAGGAUUCGGAGUAUGGCGCUUAUCUUGGAGUAUUCGGAUUCGGCGUAUUUUCCAUGUUUUAAGACACUUUUCAAGCACGUAGUUACUGCACUUGCGGAGGCUCGGGAUAUUACAUUGUUCCUGAAUCCCCUUCAAAAGCACUUUCAACAACUCGAGGAUAUCGAUUUUGCGGAAAUUAAGCCUCUUUUGAUGCCGCUGAUGCAUGUUGUCUGUAUGGUUUGGGCUAAUUCGUUGUAUUAUUGCUCAUCGGCAAAGCUGAUUGUGUUGUUGAGGCAAAUUUGUAACCUACUGAUUCAGCAAUCCAAACGUUUUCUCGAUCCCUCGUCGAUUUUUCACACAGAUAUCGACGAGGCACGUCAACGGAUCUCCCUGUCGAUGCAAAUCCUGAAAUAUUUUCGAACGGCUUUUGAUGAAAGCAAAGAAAAUAUUGGCUCAUUUUUCCGUGAACGCCCAACGGUAAAUUGGACGUUUCAUCCGAAGAAUGUGUUUGAGCGCUUUAAUGCCUUUAUUGAACGUUUGGAGACGAUACAGUGGUUUUUUUAUACGGUUAUUGAGUUUUUGAAGUUGGAAAAGAUUGAAAUUGGCGGUUUGAAAGGCAGAACAUUGAGCGGGCGCAUUACGCAAGUUUCGUUGGAGUUUAAUCAAUGCUUUUCUGUGUUUGCUUCCAAAACUUAUGAUGUGUUGGAUCCAGAUGACACAACAUUCAAAGACGACUUUGUCAAAUUCCAAGAUCGAAUUCUCGAACUCGACUUAAAGCUUGCUGCAAUUUUAUGUCAAGCCUUCGACGAUUGUCACAACUUGGAAAGCGUUUUCAAGUUAAUUAACAUUGCUGGCUCCGUUCUCGAUCGCCCAAAGAUCAAAGAGCAAUUCACGAGCAAAUAUUUCGACAUCUUAGACAUGUUGGAUGAGGAAAUUACGAUGUGUGAGGACAUUUAUAACCAACAAAUGGGACAUUUUAAGCGCGAAGGAACAGUUUUUGUUGAACGAAGUGCUCCUGUAGUUACUGCAGGUCUUCGUUUCUCCCAACAAUUGGGUCAGAGAGCAACUGCUCCGAUCAAAUCUUUUUUGAAUUUGCAACAUCCUGUAACCGAUACGCCUGAAGCAAAGAAGCUAAUAAACCGCUAUGAAGAGCUGAUGAAAAAAUUAGGUCUCUUCGAAGAGUCAAUUUUCACAGCAUGGGUCGAAAAAGUCCCCGAAACGAUCGAAAAUAACUUGAAACAGUCUUUAAUUCUUCGAGAUGAGAAUUCGAGACUCUUAAUUUUAAACUUUAGUCCCGAUUUGUUCUCAAUUUUGCGUGAAGUUCAUUACUUAUGUUUGAUGGAGAAGGAAAAUAUUCCUCCAGUUGCUUUAGAUUUCUCAGAAAAAAGUGAAACUUAUCGAAAUUACACGUUAAACCUUGAAAAAACGAUCGAAUGGUAUAAUCGCAUUUUGAAAACAUGCACAAAAUGUGAACUUGAGCUCAUUCAAAACGAAUUGAAUCAAAUUGAUGUCCUCAUUGAGAAGGGAAUUAACGAUUUCAAUUGGAAUUCGCAAGAUAUUUUGCUUUAUUUGCAAGAAUUACGGAAGCCAGUUGAAUGUCUUCAAGGUCGAAUGAACAAAAUUCAGAAUAAUUUGCAAGAAAUUCGAAAUAUUAUGAGCGCGUGGGCAAAAUUACCGUUAUUUGAGAGGAAAGAUGGUAAAAAGGAUACCGUUUUGUGUCUUGAUGAACGAAUUGAGCGCAAAAAUAAAAGAUAUUCUGAGAUAGAAGCAGCUGCGGUGAAAGUUCAUCAUUUAUUGAACGACAACAUGAAAUUAUUCGGCAUGGAGGAAAAACAAGACAACCCAAUAUGGGUUGACUAUGUUGCUUUUGUCGACAACAUCAUUUACGACAAUUUGCUCUUCACAGUAGGCAUCAGCAUUGGAUAUUUGGCUGAAAACAUGGAUGCAAGCAAUAAUCUUGCGCCACUUUUCGAAUCGCGACUCGAAUUAAUUGAUCCAGAACUUGUCUUCGUUCCUUCCUUGAAUCCCAAAGACCCCAAUGGCUUCAAUUUCUUGUUAAAUUGUCUCGUUACCGAUAUUUUACAGAUGUCGGGCAUCAUUCCGCGACUUAUUCCCGAGUCAGAUACAACUUACGAGUCCCUUAUUUCGAACCAUUACGACAUCAAAGAGAUGCGAACGGAAAUUUUAAAAGGAGUUGAGAACGUGAUUAAAGAAGCUGCGGAUUAUUGUCGCAAUUUCGAGCGAUAUUCGUAUUUAUGGCUUGAGGAUCGUGAGGAAUGCAUGGAAUUGUUUCUUGAAUUUGGUCGAAUUUUAGAUCCGGAUGAAGUUGAGUUGCUCAUUAACAAAGAUCCAGCAGCGCCGACACAAGCUGCUCCCACAAUCGAAGCGUUUCGUGAUCAAAUCGACAAUUACGAAGCUCUUUACUUGGAAAUUGAGAAAAUUGAACCGUUUCAGGUGUUUGCGUCGUGGUUUCAAGUCGAUGUUCGUCCAUUUCGGCAAAGUUUGUUGAAUAUCGUGCGAAAAUGGGGCAACAUGUUCAAAGAUCACUUAGUUGGGCGCGUUACGACGAGUUUAACGGAUCUCGCGGAUUUCAUUCGACGCGCAGAUGAAGGUCUUCUUGUCACGAUCAAGGAAGGGGAUUACAAUGGGCUCGUCAAUAUCAUGGCAUAUUUGAUGCAUGUGAAGGAACGGGCGCUCACAACCGACGAAAUGUUCGAACCGAUGAAAGAAACGAUCGAUUUGCUCAAAUAUUACGACAUGGAUAUCCCGGAAGAGGUGAAUGUUUUGUUGCAAGAACUUCCGGAGCAAUGGUCGAACACGAAAAAGAUCGCAUUGACGGUGAAACAGCAAGUUGCGCCAUUGCAAGCGAUAGAAGUUGUCACGAUCAGGAGUCGAAUUGCACUUUUUGAUGCUCACACGACACUUUUUAGAGAAGUUUUCAAGUAUUACGAGUUUUUCAAGUACGAGUGUCCCGAACCAUUUGCUUUGUUGGAUAAAAUUAGUGCGGAUUUGAUGAGACUUGAGAAGGAAAUGCGAGAUAUUCAGGAAUCAGGAAGUUUGUUUGAAGUUACUGUGCCGGAAUUUAAGUUGUUGAAACAGUGUCGUAAGGAAUUGAAGCUUUUAAAGCACCUUUGGGACUAUGUCUACAUCGUUCGCACAUGCAUCGAAGAUUGGAAAACGACACCAUGGCGCAAAAUUGACGUUGAAAACAUGGAUAUCGAGUGUAAAAAGUUCGCCAAAGACAUUCGUCUUCUCGAUAAGGAAAUGAGACCAUGGGAUACUUACAUCUCCCUCGAAGCCACAGUGAAAAAUAUGUUAACCUCCUUACGCGCCGUCGGUGAAUUACAAAAUCCAGCGAUCCGAGAGAGACAUUGGGAACAACUCAUGUCGUCAACAAAGAGUUUAGCAAAUCUACCGCCCGAAAUCACCGUAACUUUCAUCAUGGAUGCGAAAACGACACUUGCUGACUUGUUGGCUCUCAAUUUGCACGAAUGCGAGGAAGAAGUGAAAACUAUUGUCGACAAAGCUGUGAAAGAAAUGUCUAUGGAGAAAAUUUUGCGAGAUUUGAACACCACGUGGUCCGUUAUGGAGUUUGAGAAUGAAAAACAUCCUCGAACAGGUUGCAUGUUACUAAAAGCAUCGGAAGAACUCAUCGAAACGCUCGAAGAUAACCAAGUUGUUUUGCAAAAUUUGAUGACUUCGAAGUUUAUCGCGCACUUUUUGGAAGAAGUUUCCGCCUGGCAGAAGAAACUAAUGAUCGCCGAUGCCGUAAUUACCGUUUGGUUCGAAGUGCAACGCACAUGGACACAUCUCGAAAGCAUCUUCAUGAGUUCCGAGGACAUUCGGAAGCAAUUGCCCGUCGACUCGGAUCGUUUCGAUAACAUCGACUCGAAAUUUCGUGUUUUGAUGAACGAGAUGUCCGUGGAUCACAACGUCAUCAAGUCAACGAAUCGCGAUGGGCUCUGCGAUCGUCUUGACACGCUGCAGGACCAACUAACGCUUUGCGAAAAGGCCCUUGCGGAAUAUCUCGAGACAAAACGUCUCUUCUUUCCGCGUUUUUAUUUCGUCUCGUCGGCAGAUUUGCUCGAUAUUUUGAGCAAUGGCAACCAACCGACGCUCGUUAUCAAACAUUUGACGAAACUUUUUGACUCAAUUGCGAAAUUAAAGUUCGCCCCGUUUCCCGAAGGCGAACCCGCACAAACGGCAUUAGCGAUGAUCGCCAAAGACGGCGAAGUUGUCGACUUUUUUGACGAAGCUGAUUGCAAUGGCGCCGUCGAAGUAUGGUUAAAUCGCAUCCAACAAGCGAUGAGAGCCUCUCUGAGACGUUACAUGUCAGAAGCAGUGUCGGCGUACGAAGAAAAACCUCGCGAACAAUGGCUUUUCGACUAUCCAGCACAAGUUUCGCUCUGCGGAACACAAAUUUGGUGGACUACUGAAGUAAAUCUCGCUUUUAACCGACUCGAGGAGGGCUACGAUAACGCCAUUAAGGAUUAUUACAAGAAACAAAUUCAGCAAUUGAGUACUUUGAUCACACUUCUCUUGGGCGAACUCACGAAAGGCGACAGACAGAAAAUUAUGACGAUUUGUACGAUUGAUGUGCAUUCACGUGACGUUGUGAGUAAGUUAAUUCAGUCAAAAGUUGAGAGCGGAUCAGCUUUUCAGUGGAUGUCACAAUUGAGACAUCGAUGGGAUAUUAAUCAAGAAGAUUGUUUUGCGAACAUUUGCGAUGCUGAAUUUCGUUAUAGUCAUGAAUAUCUCGGAAAUACUCCGCGUUUGGUCAUUACUCCUCUCACGGAUCGAUGUUAUAUUACUUUGACGCAGUCACUUCACUUAAUUAUGGGAGGAGGUCCUGCAGGCCCUGCUGGAACAGGAAAAACCGAAACAACAAAAGAUUUGGGACGAGCUCUCGGAAUUAUGGUUUAUGUCUUCAACUGCUCCGAACAAAUGGAUUACAAGUCUUGCGGAAACAUUUACAAAGGAUUAGCACAAACGGGCGCUUGGGGUUGUUUCGAUGAAUUUAAUCGAAUUUCCGUUGAAGUAUUGUCUGUCGUCGCUGUUCAAGUGAAAAGUUUACAAGAUGCCAUUCGGGAUAAAAAGUCAAUUUUCAAUUUUAUGGGAGAAAUGAUUGCAAUGGUACCAACUGUGGGUAUUUUUAUCACGAUGAAUCCCGGAUAUGCUGGCAGAACGGAGUUACCUGAGAAUUUGAAGGCACUUUUCAGACCUUGUGCAAUGGUUGUGCCUGAUUUCGAGUUGAUUUGCGAAAUUAUGUUGGUAGCUGAAGGUUUUCAGGAUGCCCGAGUGCUGGCAAGGAAGUUUAUUACGCUUUAUACGUUGUGCAAGGAGCUGCUCUCGAAACAAGAUCAUUACGAUUGGGGUUUGAGAGCUAUUAAGUCUGUGUUGGUUGUUGCUGGAUCGUUGAAACGCGGCGAUCCAGGCCGUCCCGAAGAAGAAGUCCUCAUGCGAGCCCUUCGUGAUUUCAACAUUCCCAAAAUCGUAACUGACGACAUGCCUGUCUUCAUGGGUCUCAUUGGAGAUCUUUUUCCCGCAUUGGAAGUUCCGCGAAAGCGUGACAUUGAAUUCGAAAAAACCGUUAAACAAGCAACUCUUGACUCAUUGCUACAACCGGAGGAUAAUUUCAUCCUCAAGGUUGUGCAAAUGGAAGAGCUACUGGAAGUGCGUCAUUCAGUUUUUGUGGUAGGAAAUGCAGGAACGGGAAAAACGCAAGUUUGGAAAACGCUCUUGCGCACGUACCAAAACAUGAAACGCCGUCCCGUACACAACGACUUGAACCCAAAAGCUGUAACGAAUGACGAACUUUUUGGCAUUAUUAAUCCUGCAACUCGGGAAUGGAAAGACGGGCUUUUUAGUGUGAUAAUGCGAGAACAGGCGAAUUUGACGGGCGAUAAUCCGAAAUGGAUUAUUUUAGAUGGCGACAUUGAUCCCAUGUGGAUCGAAAGUUUAAAUACUGUGAUGGAUGAUAAUCGUGUCUUGACUCUCGCAUCAAACGAACGAAUUGCUUUAACGCCAUCCAUGCGAUUAUUGUUCGAAAUUUCCAAUUUACGAACGGCAACGCCUGCUACAGUAUCGCGCGCAGGAAUUCUUUACAUCAAUCCGCAAGAUUUGGGAUGGAAUCCUUACGUCACAAGUUGGAUCGAAACUCGUACAAUUCCCGCGGAAAAAUCGAAUCUCGUGAUUUUAUUUGACAAAUAUAUACCCGCGUGUCUUGAUAACAUACGAACAAGGUUCAAGAAAAUUACACCAAUGGUGGAAAUAGCACACGUGCAAAUGUUGUGCCAUUUGUUAAACUCGAUCUUUGUUCCCGCGAACACGCCAGCUGAUUGCUCCAAGGAGGUACACGACCAAUACUUUGUGUUUGCGUGCGUCUGGGCUUUUGGAUCAACCAUGUUUCAGGAUCAAGCUAUUGAUUACCGAGUCGAAUUCAGCAAAUGGUGGUUAAAUGAGUUCAAAACUGUUAAAUUCCCUCCCAAUGGCUUGGUCUUUGACUAUUUCAUCGAUAAUGAGACAAAGCAAUGGACGCCGUGGACUGAAAAAUUGGGCAAAUUCGAGAUGGAUUCUGACACGCCGUUGCAAGCGGUGAUCGUUCAAACGCAAGAAACGAUCCGUUUACGCUUCUUCAUUGACAUGCUGAUGGAAAAGAAGCAUCCUGUGAUGUUAGUUGGACCAGCGGGCAGCGGCAAAACUGUUUUAGUGAACGAAAAGUUGAUGGGUUUGGGUGAAAAUUUCGCAAUUUGUAACAUUGCGUUCAAUUUCUACACGACAUCGGAGAUGCUGCAGAAGAUUUUGGAGAAACAACUCGAGAAAAAAGCAGGAAGAAAUUUUGGACCUCCGGGAAAUAAGCAUCUGAUUUACUUUUUGGACGACAUGAACAUGCCAGAAGUUGAUGAAUAUGGAACUGUUCAACCGCAUACUAUUAUAAGGCAACACUUUGACUAUGGGCAUUGGUAUGACAGAAAUCGACUUACCUUGAAGGAUGUUCACAAUUGUCAGUAUGUGGCUUGCAUGAAUCCGACAUCGGGAAGUUUUACCAUAAAUCCAAGAUUACAACGUCAUUUUUGCGUAUUUGCCGUCAGUUUUCCCGGAUCGGAAGCUUUGACGAUGAUUUAUCAGUCGAUUUUGCUGCAACAUUAUGCGAAUGCCGAACAAAAAUUCAACAUUUCCGUGGUUAAGAUGGCAGAAAAUAUUAUUCUUGCAUCUUUGGCUCUGCAUGCGAAAGUUAGUUUGGUUUUCCUUCCGACAGCCAUCAAGUUUCAUUAUGUCUUUAACUUGCGGGACUUGAGCAAUGUCUUUCAAGGUUUGUUGUUUACGACAAACGAUUGUCUUGUUGGACCGAGUGAUAUGGUUCGCGUUUGGAUGCAUGAAACUCAUCGCGUAUAUGCCGACAAGCUGACGGAUGACAAGGACAUUGACAGUUUCGUAAAAAUGCAAAAUGACAUCGUGAAAAAGUCCUUCGAGGAGUUGGAUGAGUCGAUCGUGUUCGACAAACCGAACAUUUAUUGUCACUUUGCGGGAGGCAUUGGUGAGCCAAAAUAUAUGCCUAUCACAGAUUGGGGACAAUUGAGUCGAUUGCUGGCUGAAGCCUUGGCAGCAUACAAUGACUUGGUGUCAGCGAUGAAUCUUGUCCUCUUUGAAGAUGCUAUGCAGCAUAUUUGUCGCAUCAAUCGUAUACUCGAGUCGCCGCGUGGAAGCGCCUUGUUAGUUGGCGUCGGAGGCAGCGGAAAACAGAGUCUGAGUCGAUUAGCGGCAUUCAUCAGCAGUUUGGAAGUGGCGCAAAUUCAACUGAAGAAGGGAUAUGGCGUGACAGAUUUGAAACACGAAUUGGCAGCAAUGUACCUGAAAUGCGGCAUGAAAAAUGUCGGCAUCAUGUUUCUCAUGACAGAUGCUCAAGUCCCCAACGAAAUUUUCCUCGUGCUCAUUAACGACAUGCUGGCAUCGGGCGAAGUACCCGAUCUCUUUCCCGACGACGACGUCGAGAACAUUUUGUCGGGCGUUCGGAAUGAAGUAAAGGGCGCCGGCUUGCCCGACACACGCGAAACUUGCUGGAAAUUCUUCAUUGAUCGCGUUCGCAAGAACCUCAAAAUUGUUUUGUGCUUCUCGCCAGUUGGGAGUUUGCUGCGUGUUCGUUCUCGUAAAUUCCCUGCGAUCAUCAAUUGCACGCAGAUCAAUUGGUUCCACGAAUGGCCUCAAGAAGCGUUGAUUUCUGUCUCUAUUCGGUUCUUGCAAGAGCUCCGAACACUUCCUCCGGAGUAUUUUGAUUCGGUUUCGCGAUUUAUGGCGUACGCGCACACCUCGGUGAACCAAAUGUCGAAAGUUUAUCUCCAAAAUGAGAGACGCUACAAUUACACGACACCCAAAUCGUAUUUGGAGCAAAUUUCGCUCUUCGCCAAACUACUGAAUAUGAAAUAUCUGGAAUUAAAGAAGAAAGUUGAGAGAUUAGAGAACGGUUUAGAGAAACUUAGAAAUACGGGCGACCAAGUUGCCGAGCUGAAAGUCAAACUAGCGGUUCAAGAAGUUGAGUUACAGGAGAAAAACGAAGCUGCUGACAAGUUGAUUCAAGUUGUGGGCAUCGAAACGCAAAAAGUUCAAACGGAAAAGCAACUUGCCGAUGAGGAAGAAGUCAAAGUCGGAAUAAUUGCGGAAGAAGUCUCCAAAAAGCAAAAGGAUUGCGAGGAAGAUCUCGUGAAAGCAGAACCCGCUUUACUUGCCGCUAUGGAGGCUUUGAAUACUUUGAACAAAUCGAAUUUGACAGAAUUGAAGUCUUUCGGUAGCCCGCCCGCCGCCGUUACAAACGUUACAGCAGCUGUCAUGGUAUUGCUUGCUCCUAAUGGAAAAAUUCCGAAAGAUCGUAGCUGGAAAGCAGCGAAAGCAACUACAAUGGCAAAAGUCGACUCCUUCCUCGAUGCCCUCUUAAACUACAACAAAGAAAACAUUCAUCCCGAGAUCAUCAAAGGCAUCCAACCGUAUCUGAAAGAUCCCGAAUUCGAUCCUGAUUUUAUUCGUUCGAAAUCGGGAGCCGCCGCAGGUUUGUGUUCGUGGGUCAUCAACAUCAUCAAGUUCUACGAUGUGUAUUGCGAUGUUGAGCCGAAGCGUCGUGCAUUGGCAGCUGCAAAUGCUGAGCUUCAAGCUGCACAAGACAAAUUGGCGGCGAUUAAGAGAAAGGUUUUGUCUCUUGAGGAACAAUUAGCAAAAUUGACAGCGGAUUUUGAGCAGGCAACUGCUGAAAAAUUGAGAUGUCAAAAAGAGGCUGAUGCGACUCAAGCUACUAUUCAAUUGGCAAAUCGUCUUGUGAAUGGAUUGGCGAGCGAAAACGUGCGUUGGGCAGAAGCUGUAGCAGAAUUUAUGCAACAAGGAACAACUUUACCGGGAGAUAUUUUGCUUGUAACAGCUUUUAUUUCUUAUGUUGGAUGCUUUACGAAACAAUUUCGUUUGGAUUUGUUACAAAAAAAUUGGCUUCCGUUUUUACGAGCAAUUGAACCUCCAAUUCCCAUUACAGAUGCAAUUGAUCCCCUGAAGCUCUUAACAGACGACACAACAAUUGCAAUUUGGCAAAACGAGUGUUUACCAAGUGAUCGGAUGUCAAUCGAAAACGCUACAAUUCUCACAAAUUCCGAUCGUUGGCCCCUGAUGAUCGAUCCUCAGUUGCAGGGAGUCAAAUGGAUCAAGCAAAAGUACGGCGCAUCGUUGGUUGUUUUGCGUGUCGGUCAAAAAGGUUUCGUCGAAAAGAUAGAAGAGGCCUGUGCCAAAGGAUGGAUUGUCCUGAUCGAGAACAUUGGUGAAGUAUUAGAUCCCGUUUUGGAUUCUUUAUUAGGUAGAAAUUUGAUUAAAAAGGGCAAAGCUGUCAAGUUGGGCGACAAAGAAGUCGAAUAUAACUCGGAUUUCCGUCUAAUUUUGCACACGAAACUCGCGAAUCCGCAUUACAAGCCGGAAAUGCAGGCGCAAACGACGCUAAUUAACUUUACAGUUACGCGAGACGGCUUGGAGGACCAACUUUUGGCGGAAGUUGUGAAAGCAGAACGUCCCGAUUUGGAGGAAUUGAAAGCAGAACUCACGAAACAACAGAAUGAUUAUAAGAUUUUGUUGAAUAAACUCGAGGAUGACUUGUUGUCACGUCUCUCAUCUGCGGGAGAGAAUAUUUUAGGAGACACAGCGUUGGUUGAAAAUUUGGAAACAACGAAGAAAACAGCGGCAGAAAUUGAACAAAAAGUUGCUGAAGCUAAAAACACGUCAAAAGAAAUUGACGAAGCUCGUGAACAUUAUCGUCCAGCAGCAGCUCGUGCAAGUUUGUUAUAUUUCAUAUUGAACGAACUCAACACGAUCAACCCAAUUUAUCAGUUUUCGUUAAAAGCUUUUAGUGUCGUCUUCCAAAAAGCAAUUUCCAAAGCUGAGGAAGCAGAAGAUGUAAAGUCUCGUGUCGCAAAUUUAAUUGAAUGUAUCACUUAUUCCGUGUUCCAAUACACAACACGAGGCUUAUUUGAGUGCGACAAAUUAAUAUUUUCUUCGCAAAUGGCGUUUCAGAUUUUACUGAUGAACGAAGAAAUUACCGCAUUAGAAGUUGAUUUCUUGUUACGAUUCCCCAUAAAACCGCACGUUACAAGUCCCGUAGAUUUUCUUAGCAACACUGCAUGGGGCGGAAUCUGUAGCUUAGCAUCUAAAGAUGAUUUUAGAAAUUUAGAUCGUGAUAUUGAGACACAAGCAAAACGUUGGAAGAAGUUAGUCGAGUCCGAAUGUCCUGAAAAAGAGAAAUUUCCGCAAGAAUGGAAGAAUAAAACGGCACUUCAGCGAUUGUGUAUGAUGCGUGCACUGAGACCGGAUCGAAUGACAUAUGCAAUGGCUGAUUUCAUUGAAGAAAAACUUGGAUCAAAAUAUGUUGAAAAUCGCACAAUGGAGUUUGCAAAGUCUUUCGAGGAGGCAAGUCCUUCGACACCGAUCUUCUUUAUUUUGUCACCCGGCGUGAAUCCGCUGAAAGAUGUCGAGGAGUUGGGCAAAACGCUCGGAUUUACGUCAGAUAACGGGAACUUUCAUAACGUUUCUUUGGGUCAAGGGCAGGAAGUUGUUGCUGAAGCGGCGAUGGAUAAAGCUGCUGUUGAAGGUCAUUGGGUUGUUUUGCAGAACAUCCAUUUGGUCAAAAAAUGGCUUCCGCAAUUGGAGAAAAAGCUUGAAUUCUAUUCAGAAGGAUCCCAUCCCGAAUAUCGCGUUUUCGUGAGUGCUGAACCCGCAGCAACGCCAUCCGCUCAUAUCAUUCCGCAAGGUAUCUUGGAGUCAAGUAUCAAAAUUACGAAUGAGCCUCCGACGGGAAUGCAGGCAAAUUUGCACAAAGCAUUGGAUAACUUCAACCAAGAAACGUUGGAAAUGUGCGGCAAAGAAGCCGAAUUCAAAGUAAUUUUGUUCGCGUUGUGCUAUUUUCACGCCGUCGUUGCGGAACGUCGCAAAUUCGGACCCCAAGGAUGGAAUAAAAUCUACCCGUUCAACGUUGGCGAUCUCAAUAUCAGUGUUUCUGUGUUGUAUAAUUACUUAGAGGCAAACACAAAAGUUCCUUAUGAGGAUUUGCGAUACUUAUUUGGGGAGAUUAUGUAUGGCGGGCACAUCACAGACGAUUGGGAUCGACGUCUUUGCAUCACGUACUUGGAAGAAUUGAUGCAACCCGAUCUCGUUGAUGGCGAAUUGUUUUUGGCGCCCAAUUUUGCCGCACCCCCAAAUACGGAUUACACGGGCUACCAUGCCUACAUCGAUGAACAAAUGCCCCCGGAGUCGCCGUACUUGUAUGGCUUGCAUCCGAAUGCCGAAAUCGGUUUCCUCACAACUUCAUCUGAAAAUUUGUUCCGUACAGUGUUCGAAAUGCAGCCACGAGACGCUGGAGCAUCUGGCGGUACGACCGUAACCCGUGAGGAUAAGGUUAAACAAAUUCUCGAUGAGAUUAUGGAGAAACUGCCCGAAGAAUUUAACAUGUCAGAGAUUAUGGGAAAAGUAGAGGAGCGCACCCCCUACGUCAUUGUCGCUUUUCAAGAGUGCGAACGCAUGAAUUACUUAACGAACGAGAUAAAACGCAGUUUGAAAGAGCUCGAUUUGGGUUUGAAAGGCGAACUUACGAUUACAUCCGACAUGGAAGUCCUUGAAAAUGCGCUCUUUUUGGAUCAAGUUCCUCCCGGAUGGACUGCGCGCGCAUAUCCAUCACUUUUUGGCUUGUCAACGUGGUUCGUUGAUCUGCUGCUUCGAUUGAGAGAACUUGAAACAUGGUCAACUGAUUUUGUUUUACCUGCGUGUAUUUGGCUUGCGGGAUUCUUCAAUCCGCAAUCGUUGUUGACGGCGAUUAUGCAGUCGACAGCACGUCGAAAUGAACUUCCUUUGGACAAGAUGUGUCUUCAUUGUGACGUUACCAAGAAACAAAAGGAGGAAUACACGGCUGCUCCCAAGGAGGGUGCUUACGUUCAUGGUAUAUUCAUGGAAGGCGCUCGUUGGGACAUUCAACAGGGAAUCAUCGCAGAAGCGCGUCUCAAGGAAUUGCAUCCUUGCAUGCCCGUCAUCCAUAUUCGGGCCAUCACGCAAGACAAGCAAGAUUUACGCAACAUGUACGAUUGUCCCGUGUACAAAACACGAACUCGCGGACCAACUUACGUUUGGACCUUUAAUCUCAAGACGAAAGAUAAACCUGCUAAAUGGACCUUGGCAGGCGUUGCAUUGCUCUUGCAAGUUUAAAAAGUCGUUCGUAGCAAAAAUUAUUGAAAAAUUUGUUCUCUUUAGGCAUCAAU